AUGGAGGGUGUGAGGGGAGGGGGGGAGGAUGAUGUGGGGGAGGGAAUGCAGUGCAGUGACCAUCCGUACAGGAACAACCCAGGUGGGAUCUGUGCUUUUUGCCUGCAGGAGAAGCUAGGGAAGCUGGUUUCUUCCUCUUUUCCUAAUGCUAUUUUCCCUUCUUCCUCUUCUUCGUCGCCUUCUUUUAGAUCUGAGAUUGGUGGUGGUGGGGUUGGGGUUGGGGUUGGGGUUGGAGGUGGAGGUGGAGGUGGUGGUGGUGGUGCAUCGUCUACUUCACUCUCUGUGCGGCCUACGUCUUCGUCAUCAUCUUAUAGCGCCUCUAAAGAUUGUCAUUAUCAUGGAAAUUAUUCGAGGCGGGCCCGGAUCCCUUUUCUGUUAGCUCAAAAGAAGAAGAAAAAGAAGGAGGUGAUGGGUUCGGAUGCUGUUGGGAUCGUUCUCAAGAGGAGCAAGUCCACUACAACUCCUAGGCGUGGCCACUUUUUGGUUGAGUCUGAGGAUGCCAACGACUACAGCCCGCAAAAGAGAGGGUUUUGGUCUUUUCUUUACCUCCCCAAAUCAACUGCCACUCGGAAAAUGGACAAGGCUGUUGGGAGUGCUGUCACUCCAAGGGAGUCCAAGCUCGCAGCGGCAAUAACACAAACACAGGCCUCGCUCUCCCACAAACCCAAAGAUAAGGGUCUGGGAUCAUCGUCUUUGGCGAAGAAGGAAGAGUUUGUGGACGAAUCUGAGAGUCCCAACAGCCAUGCAACCGCGUCAUCGUCAUCGUUCGGACGCAAGGUCUCGAGAUCCAGAUCUGUGGGGUGUGGAAGCAGGAGCUUCUCGGGUGACUUCUUUGAGAGAAUCUCUACUGGGUUCGGCGACUGCACUCUCAGAAGAGUCGAGUCCCAGAGGGAAGGCAAGCCGAAGUCCUCCGGCGCCCACCGUGGCGGCGCUCCAGGUGGCCCUGACCACCAAUGCAUCAAGGAGAGGGUAAAAUGCGGUGGCAUCUUUGGUGGGUUCAUCAUGACUUCAUCCUCCUCUUCCUCAUCCUCAUCGUCAUACUGGAUGUCAUCCACGGUUGAAGACAACGUGAACGGCAAAUCCACCGCAGCGGCGGCGCUGGGACCUCUGUCUCACGGCCGAAGCAAAAGCUGGGGCUGGGCAUUCGCCAGUCCCAUGAGAGCCCUGAGCAAGCCAUCAUCGUCCAAAGUUGAAUACAAAGAUGCAGGGAAGAGAGACAUUGCACCCAAUAAACCCAACUUGGCUGCUAUUCCUUCUUUGCUGGCUGUGAGAGGCUAAUACAUGUUAUUACACUUUUUACUCAAUAUCACUCUUUUUCCUCCACGUUUCAUCAGUGAUGGCACACAUUUUCUGGUUCCUUUUCCUUCAUUUUAGAUGUAGAAUUCCGUGGUCUGGUCUUCACCUUUAGAUGGGGUGUGGACUGCAACCUGCAGGUUAGAGAUGAAGAAAAUAGAAAUAAUCUUGACCUAUUACUGUUAUCAUCAUCAUCUUCUUUGUGAAUUUCUGGGUUCUUUUUUCUAUUGGAUCCACAGUGUGCUAGGCUGCCAUCUCUCAUUCUGUUUCUCUGUAUUCUUUGUAAUGUUUAUUAUUUAUUGUAAGUUUGUAUGUUGGUGUUUAUGACAAAUGGUAAAGAGGUGUUUAAUUUCAAUA